AUGGUUGUUGUUGACCACCAUGAAUAUCUUUCCGAGGAGGAAAAGCGGUUGAGAGACGAUCGUGAGCGAAAGAAGUACUGGAAACGAUGGGGCUGCUAUACUGCUGAGCGUCAGUGGGCUACUGUCAGAGAAGACUACUCGCACGACGGAGAUGCUUGGAGUCACUUCUCGCACGACCAAGCUCGGUCAAGAGCCUUCAGGUGGGGCGAGGAUGGCAUAGCUGGUGUCUGUGACACUCACGGCUACCAGCAUGUUACCUUUGCAUUCUGGAACGAGCAAGACCCUUUCCUCAAGGAGCGGCUGUUCGGGCUGAGCAACCCUCAAGGAAACCAUGGCGAGUCGAUCAAGGAAGCUCAUUUCCACGUUGAUAACACUCCUACGCAUUCCUAUAUGAAAUACCUAUACAAACUACCACAACGUUCGUUUCCGUAUGAAGACUUAAUCACCGAGAAUGGAAGACGUGGCCGGAUGGAGAAAGAAUACAACAUUGUUGACACGGACGCGUUCAAGGACAAUCGCUAUUUUGACAUUUUUAUUGAGACAGCCAAAGAGACGGACGACCCGGAGGAACUACUCUUUCGAGUAACUGCGUACAACAGAGGUCCUGAAGCUGCUCCCUUACACAUCAUUCCCCAUGUCACCUUCAGGAAUACCUGGACCUGGGGCUGGGAACAUGAAAGCAAGAAGCCCAGCAUGCGAAUGGUAGGGCCCAUGACAGCUCAGACCAAACAUCACAAGCUAGGCACAAGGUUCUUCCAGCUCUCUCCUUCUCCCGGCUGUGGGCCGGAUGCUGAGGACGUCCAACCCCAACUAAUGUUCACCGAGAACGACACUAAUCUGCAAGGACUAUAUGGAGUACAAAACAAAACUCCGUACGUCAAAGAUGCUUUUCAUCGCUGGAUAGUUGACGAAGAAAAGGGUGCCAUCAAUCCCAGAUGUACAGGCACCAAAUGUGCAGCCUGGUACGAUUUUGGCAAUGGUCAAGGUGUGCCACCAGGAGAGUGUGCUGUCGUCCGGUUUCGUCUAUCACGUAAAUAUGACGGCUAUCUUAACGAGGAACUGCUGGACGAUAUCAUUGAACAAAGACGGCAGGAAGCGGACGAGUUCUACUACCGCAUAAGUCCACUACCUAUGGCAGAUGAUUUGCGCAAUAUUCAACGACAGGCUCUUUCUGGUAUGCUGUGGUGCAAGCAGCAUUAUCUCUUCGUCUGGGAUCAAUGGGCAAACGGAGACCCGAAUAUGAUGCCCCCACCUGAAUCUCGCAAGAACAUUCGAAACAAGGAAUGGAAACACAUGUUCCUGGACGAUAUCUUGUCUAUGCCUGACUCCUGGGAAUACCCCUUCUUCGCUGCUUGGGACUCCGCCUUCCACUGUAUACCACUGGCGAUGAUCGAUCCAGAAUUUGCAAAGAAACAGCUGGACCUCUUCACUAGAGAGUGGUAUAUGCAUCCUAAUGGCCAGUUGCCUGCUUAUGAAUGGAACUUUGGCGAUGUCAAUCCUCCUGUCCAUGCUUGGGCGACCUUCAGGACAUUCAAGAUAGAGCGAAAGAUGUAUGGUCGACAAGAUCUUGAUUUCUUGGAGAGAGUCUUCCAGAAACUUCUUAUCAACUUCACCUGGUGGGUAAACAGGAAAGAUGCUGAUGGCAAGAACGUUUUCGAAGGCGGCUUCUUAGGUCUAGACAAUAUUGGGUUGUUCAACAGAUCCGAACCUUUGCCCACUGGCGGUGUCCUGGAACAAGCAGACAGCACUGGUUGGAUGGCCUUCUACUGUUUGUGCAUGUUGAAUAUGGCCCUGGAACUUGCCAAGCAUCGAAGAACAUACGAAGACAUUGCAUCGAAGUUCUUCGAGCAUUUCAUCCUCAUCUCGGAUGCCAUGACUUUCCGAGCUGGUGGAAAAGAAAAGAGUUUGUGGAAUGAGGAAGAUGGCUUCUACUACGACGCUAUCUCCUGGGGAGGCCCUUGGACUCAGCAGUUACCGGUACGAUCGUUGGUCGGAUUGAUUCCUCUGUACGCCACUUUGACCAUUGAGCCCGAAAUGAUCAAUAAAUUGCCCAACUUCAAGCGAAGAAUGAACUGGUUCAUCGAGAAUAGACAUGAUGUUGCGGAGCGGAACAUGGCUUCGAUGCGAAAACGAGGCAAAGACGAGCGAUUGCUGCUCUCACUUGUCAACAAAGAUCGUCUCGAAAAAUUGCUGGGAUACAUGCUCAAAGAAACAGAAUUCCUGUCACCUCAUGGCAUUCGAAGUUUAUCAAAGUACCACGAGGAUCACCCUUACAAGAUGGAUGUGAACGGCCAAGAGUUCAAAGUCAGCUACGUGCCUGGAGAUUCCGACUCAGGCUUGUUUGGUGGCAACUCAAAUUGGCGUGGUCCGAUCUGGAUGGCGGUCAAUUUCUUGCUUAUCGAGUCCCUGCUCCGUUUCUACAUGUUCUACGGAAACACCCUGCAAGUAGAGUGUCCGACUGGGUCUGGGGAUUAUAUGCACCUUGGUCAUGUUGCGGAAGAAUUACAGCAUCGACUGCAACAUCUAUUUGUUCGUGACGAGGAGGGUCGCCGUGCUGUCAAUGCAGGAAACGACACGUUGGACUUUGAUCCGCAUUGGCGAGAUUACAUGUGGUUUCAUGAGUUCUUCGACGGAGACACAGGUCGUGGUCUUGGAGCCACUCACCAAACUGGCUGGACUGGCCUGAUUGCGAAGAUGAUUCACGACACUGGCAUCAAUUGUCGUCUACCGCAGACUCCACGAACUCCAGGCACUGCUGCCGCACACUACUUCGACGAUGUCUACUCAGCCAGGUCGAUGACCAGGAGAAACACUGGCUUGUCGACUCCAGGACCUACAGGUCCAAGGAUGCGGCGUUCGUCGACCUCUCGAUCACUAGGCAAUCAUUCAGCAGUCAAUGGAGCUUACGUCGGCAGCACUAAUGGUGAUGGUGACAACUCAGGUUACUUUGGUAGACACACAGAAAGCGAUCCCUUCGGCGAAGAAGAGAGGCUGGAGCGAAAGAGGCAACAAAGUGAAGCUGACAGUCAUACGGACAACUACAUUGCCGAGCACUUGCACAGAGUGCAACUGGGUGAUCCAGCGGCUGUGUAUGAGGAUGAGUUUGAGGCACAACUAGACUAA